GUUUUAUAAUAGACAUGCCUCUACCAUCAUCCAUCAUCCAUCAUCGAUUCAUCCAUCAGCACUCAGCACGAUUCUCUCACAGAAAAAUAUGGCAGUGGAGUUAGAGUACUCUGGGGUAUAUAUAUAGUGCGGUGAACCUACUGCUGGUAGACUCGUCACAGUGACGAGUGGUUCAGUCAGCGACAACUUGAAUGUCUUCCUUGGCGCAGGAUCCUAUUCCACAACUUGGUCUGGGAAACACGUUUGGCGCCCUUUUUAUUGGGGUUAUCCUCGCAGCAGUGCGCAUACAAAGCGCGGGGAUAACAUUUUUCAAGCUGGUUGUACGUCCAUGCUGCCUUAUUGUCGGUCCUGGUCUUGAUGUCACGGUAUUUGAUGCUCUGCACCUGGCCUUGACAAUCCAUUGCGUCUAUUACUAUCUGGUAACCAACUAUGCGAACUUUGGUGUGCUCGCGGAAAUCGUAUGGAGUCUCAAAAUUUUCAUCAUUCCUACGAUACAUUUCAAGGGCCGAUCAAGAGCUCUCCCGGUCAUAGCAUUGACCAUAGUCGUGGUCCUAAGUGCAGGCGAGUCUGUUGCCUGCAAAUUGAGUAGAUAUAAGGUCAAGUUGUUCAAAGAUUUGGUUGGAAUCGAGUGGUCGACAUACAUGUCCUUAGGAGCGACUACUUUUGUUGAUUUUGUCAUCGCAUCAUCGCUAUGCUAUCUCCUCGCCACUUCGCGUACUGGGUUCUCUAGGACCGAUUCGUUCAUAACGAAGCUCGUGGGCUAUACCAUCAGUACUGGCUGUCUGACAAGUAUAUGUUCGAUGUCAAUCAUAAUCACAUGUGCUGUGAUGCCGACAACCUUCAUCUUCAUCGGUCUCCAAUUUUUAGUGACUAAAUUAUAUGUCAACUCGUUUAUCGCAUUCCUGAACGCGCGAUACUACAUACAGGCCAACGCGAUUGUCGAUUCUCACCAAUUGUAUGAACGCCACGGCGUCUACCACCCAGAACUCCACAUUAGUGCGUCGCAAGACGAAGAGUUUCAGAAGUCCCAGAAGGACCCUGAGGGUGAAAUGUUGCAUAUCACGCAACCUAUCCAGGCUGCCAUGUCGCCGAUAGUGGAAAUGAAGUCUUUCUUGUUAUUGGUAGGCAUGGAUUAUUAACUGCGUGUCUAAUCGAGAGAACGCCUGCCAAAAAACGGAGUUUAUAAUAAAUUAUCAUUCGGAUCCUAACAAUAUUUGCGGGAAGCUCCCUUCUAACCAUGACUCUUGUGAUGGGAUUCAAAAUUUGUAAUUUGGUGACGCCAGCUGCAGGGUCGUCGGACUUUAGAAAUGACGACGUCUUUUGACGCCUUGGGACAAUUGUAUUGAUACAUCGCCUUGAUCGUCACUGGAUCCAAUUAC